CCGGAACAAGUUCUCGCGAGAACUGCGGCCGCAGUAAUGGCGGUGCUGCUUGAAACGACGCUCGGUGAUAUUGUUAUUGAUCUGUUCACGGAUGAAAGGCCUAAAACUUCCUUAAACUUCCUGAAGUUAUGCAAAAUAAAAUAUUACAACUACUGCCUCAUCCACAAUGUGCAGAGAGACUUCAUCAUACAGACUGGAGAUCCAUCUGGAACGGGUCGUGGAGGAGAAUCUGUGUACUGUAAACUGUACGGAGACCAGGCCCGCUUCUUUGAUGCAGAGAAAGCUCCACGUAUCAAACACAGGAAGAGGGGGACGGUGUCCAUGGUCAACAAUGGGAACGAUCAACAUGGCUCUCAGUUUCUCAUUACAACAGGUGAGAACCUGGACUAUCUGGAUGGAGUGCACACUGUGUUCGGAGAAGUCACUGAAGGGCUAGACGUCCUGACAAAGAUCAAUGAGUCCUUUGUCGACACAGAUUUUGUCCCAUUUCAGGAUAUUAGAGUGGUCGCAUUGGAGCUGAUGAAGUCAUCGAUGAUACAGAAGGGAAAAAAGCCGAGGAGCUGGAGGAGAGGCUGCAGGAGAAGGAUGCCAAAACUCACGCCAUCCUCCUGGAGAUGGUGGGGGACCUCCCUGAUGCAGACGUGAAGCCACCAGAGAACGUUCUGUUUGUGUGCAAACUGAACCCGGUCACUACAGAUGAGGACCUGGAGAUCAUCUUCUCUCGCUUUGGGGCCAUAAAAAGUUGUGAGAUCAUCAGAGACUGGAAGAGUGGAGAUUCUCUCUGUUACGCUUUCAUUGAGUUUGAAAAGCAAGAAGACUGUGAGAAGGCUUACUUCAAAAUGGACAACGUGCUCAUCGAUGACCGGCGGAUUCAUGUGGACUUCAGCCAGUCAGUAGCAAAGAUCAAGUGGAAAGGAAAAGGUGGGAAGUACACCAAAGAUGACUUUAAAGCCUAUGAGAAAGACUUGGAGAACCGAUCCAAACUGGCUCUCAAAGAUCAAAUGAAGCCUAAACAAGAAUCCAAGUAUGAGUUGCUAAUUGAGGAUGAGGAGGAAACGAGCCAUCAGUACUCUGAGAAGAAGCACAAAGAGAAGAAGCACCAUCAUCAUUCAGACGAGGAGGACAGAAGGAAGUCUAAAAAGCACAAGGAUGGCGAGGAGAGCAGGCGAGACAGGAAGUCGGGCCGCCAGCGCUCACGCUCCAGAGACCGCGAGCCCAAACACAGCAAGUCCCGGUCCAAACACGAGCGGGGCUGCAGGGAGCGCAGCCGCUCCCCCGCACACUCCAAGGACAAGGAGCGCAGCCGAUACCGAUGAGGAGGAGGACUUAUUAUCACCCAACAGUCCUGUCUGUUAGCAAAAUAUCUCAUAUUUCACUGAAACACUCAGUCACUGGAUGUCAACCCAGUUCAAGAUGGCCGCCAUCACCUCAGCUGUACUCCAGAUAUUUUUACACACAUUGAUCUAAACUCACUGAGCUUUUGUUUUGUUGUUGCAGUAUCCUUGUUUGUUAGCUAAAUAUCAGAUCUGAUUAACUUUCAGUGAAUCCUAUUCAAGAUGGCCGCCACAUUGAGGCCAGCCCUACAUGUUUACAUGUUUACAGCUCAGAGUCACAGCUGCUGAUUGAGGUGGUAGUAGCAGAGAGUCAUCCUCUGCUGGAGGAACAAUGUAGAUCAUCUAAAACCCUGUUUUUAUUUGCAUGUAAACAUUAAAGUUUGUCCUGGGUGUGGAACUUCUGUUA